GCAAGUUUUGGGAAGCAAGGAAACAGGUAACCUCCCAGGAACCUGGAAACUUGAAAACGCGAACAACAGUUCUACGAUUUACAACGUCGUGGAAGCCGUCAAUUGUCGUCAAUUAUGAUACACCGUCUCUCUACUUCCAGUCGUUUUCUUCGAAAGAGCUCUCGUGUGCUGCAAUUUCGGCUAUAUUCUUCUACUUUCAUUCGAUCGGAAUCGAGCGAUACUGAGCUGAGCAGGAUUCUGAAAGAGCUGAGUAAUGGGAAGCUAACAGCAUCCGAAUCCGAGACAAUGAUUCGUCGUCAAUUGAACUUGUCGACAUCGUCCGGGACGGAUCCGUCAUCAGCAUCACCGGACGAAAUCUUAAAAUCGUUUGCCGAUAUCGAUCACACACGAUCGUCGCGUACAGGCUUUCCAGAAGCUGUCUUUGGAGCGGGGAAAACAGCAAAUCAAAUUGCCAUGAUUCUUGACGAUAUGGCUCGGCAUUUCAACGAGAAGGUUUCGGAAGGCCAGGGCGUCAUCGAUAACUCUCAGCGCGCUAUUCUUGCGACGAGGUGAGUGUUGUGCGCGUUUAUUCGAUUCGAACAGUUGCCUGUUUCUUUUUUGACAGAAAAACGUUUGCAACUGGCGAAAAGUGACUUAUAAUAUUGGAAAACAUUUCACUCGUGUUUUCACUUCAGAGUCUCCCCUGAGCUUUACGAGAGCGUCAAAUCAAUCCAAUUAUCACAUGGACAUCUAGUUUAUCAUCCAGCCGCAAAUAUAAUAUCUAUGAUUCCAUCGCUUUCUACAGAAAAAAACAUCGACUGCGAAAAUUCUCUGCCACCACGAAAACGGAUUGUUGUCGCAACCGCCGGCACCACAGAUCUUCCAGUCGCAGAAGAAGCGGCAGUUGUAUUAGAAGCCGCACAUUGCAAGGUAGACAGAAUAUUUGACGUUGGAGUGGCCGGGCUACACAGGGUAGUCCGGGCCUUACCACGAUUGCAAGACGACGAAGUUGGUUGCGUUAUUGUUUGUGCUGGGUAAGUUUCUCUGCAUUGUGUUGGCAUAAACUAUCGAACGAUCAUUUUCACGACCGCAGAUUUAUCUAAAUCAUUCUAUAUUUUUUUUAAUAUCCAUAGGAUGGAUGGCGCCCUUCCAAGUGUGGUUGGUGGGCUUGUUUCAUGUCCUGUCAUUGCCGUUCCGACAAGGUACGUAGUGUUGAGAACAUUUGCACUAGUGGUAUGUAUCUAUUUGCUUUCAAAGAUCUAAGUCUAAUUGUAUUUCUCUCACAGCAUCGGUUAUGGAGUUUCGUUGGGUGGUAUCAGUGCGAUGUUGACGAUGCUCAAUAGCUGUGCACCGGGAGUCGGAGUCGUGAACAUCGACAAUGGAUUUGGUGCGGCAGCACUUGCAUACAAGUGCGUUUUGUGAUGUUGUAUCACCCAUAGACAAUAUAUUUAGAUCCAAUCA